AUGAGUGCUUUCUUAAGGGUUCUGUCAUUUAUAUUCAAUAUUGUGGCAUUGGUGGUAAAUGAAAUUACAAAUCUAAUUAUACCACGACGUAAGCCCAACUAUCCGCCGAUUAAAAAUCCAUUGCUAUUGAAAUCGGUAACAGAACUUUUGGGUGAUCUGAAAGAGAGGAAGAUUACUUCGUAUGAAAUUGUUACAGCCUAUAUUGAACGGAUUAAAGAAGUCGAUAGUAAAUUGAAUGCCGUCGUUGAACAUCGUUAUAAUGAGGCUCUGAAAGAGGCACGUCAUGCCGAUAAUUUAAUAAGUAAAGCCCAAGAUGAUAUGCAGUUGAUGUUGCUGUUCAGCAGAUAUCCGCUACUGGGGAUACCAUUUACCGUCAAGGAGGCAUGUGGUUUGAAAGAUCUCUCACAUAGCGUUGGAAGUGUUGCGCGCAAAGAAGAAAAAUCUGCCACAAAUGGUGAUGUAGUGGAACUGGUAAGAGCUGCCGGUGCCAUACCUCUUUUGGUAUCAGCAAAUCCUGAAUUUUGCUUGGCCUUUGAUGGUGAGUCAAUUGUUUCCGGUAAAUGUCUAAAUCCCUAUGAUCUGCGACGAUCAUCAGGUGGUUCUUCAAGUGGUGAGGGUACUCUAAAUGGUGCUGGAGCUUCAACCUUUGGCUUGGCCUCGGACAUUAGUGGUUCGAUACGUUUGCCUUCGCUGUUCUGUGGUGUAUUUGGUCAUAAACCCACGGGGGGUCUUACAUCGGUAAAGGGCCAUUUUCCCUUUAGUACCAAAGAACCAGAAUUUCCAUUUUUCCUACAAAUGGGUCCUAUCACUAGAUUUGCUAAGGAUUUACCACUGCUACUGCAAAUUAUGGCUGGGGAAAAUGCUGCCAAAUUGAAGUUGACUGAAAAUGUCGAUUUUAGUAAAUUAAAGAUCUAUUACAGCUACUCAAUGGGAAGUAUGCUGCAUGUUCCGGUAGAUUUUGAAAUCAAAUUGGCCAUAACCAUGGCUGUGAAGUGCUUUGAAAAGGGUGGCAUAAAAACGGAGGAGCUGCAUUUGGCGGAAUUACAAGAUGCCAUCGAAAUAUGCCUGUCAUCAUUGGCCGGUAUCAAAGGUCUUCCCAGUGUUGUAACACAAUCAGUCACCGAUAAACCCAACAAACUAGAAUUGAUUCAAAAAAUUGCUCAAAGCCUUUUCGGAUUGGCACCAUACACCACCAUGCCGCUGUUUGUGGAAUUGAUGAUAUUGAACAUUCUCGGCACCAAUGGCGUUCUAAUCUUGCCCACUUAUCACAAAACUGCCAAUUUCUUUAAGGGAUGUUCACUGCUGAAUAUAAGCGGUGUCAUUUUUAUGCUGCUCUUUAAUGUUUUGGGCUUCCCAGCCACCCAUGUACCAAUGGGUUUAGAUCGAAAUGGUCUGCCGGUUGGUUUUCAAGUUGUUGCAGCACCCUACAUGGAUAAAUUGUGCCUACAAGUUGCAACUGAAAUGGAGGCGGCCUUUGGCGGUUGGGUACAACCUCAAGUUUAA